UCACCUAAUGGCUAAUACCGAUUGUAAAUUCGUUUACAAUUUUACAUAGUAUUUUGCCAGAUUUUAUUUUAACUUGACUGCCAAAGAAGGAGGGAAUGUGUUUAUUAUUGUAAUUUCUGUUAUGGGAUAUGCUUGACGAUUUAGUUUUGAUUUUCCCAGUUUAAAGUAUUAUUUCAGUUUAAAAAAUGACGUCCGAUAUCACCGUGGAGAAUUUAGUCGUAAAAUCAAGGUUUCCUAAAUCUAUUGAUAAAAAAAUUGGAAUCAUUGUUUACUUUCCUUUAGGAUUUAUCAUUGCAAUCUUAAGAGCGUUUAUCUCACUGAAUGUACUCUUUUUAACAGUUCUCCUGACUCGUUACCCAUGGAUACGCAGACCAUUAUUAAGAAUUAUGUGUGGUGUAAUUGGGCUAAUUGUAGUAGAAAAUGAUAAGUCUGUCCCAAAGAAAAAUCAAAUGAUUGUUUCCAAUCAUUUAUCUAUGUUUGACCAUGUUGCGUUACAUUUGGCCAUUGGUUCGUACACGCCUACUAGAAAGUUUGCCGAUCCAAUAGCUUCAUUUUUUGGUCUAGUAUCCAUGUUACAUCAUGAAAACGUAACUUCGGCAACAGCAUUUUUAAAGCAAUUUAUAUCCAAUGGAAGAUCAUUAGUUUUAUUUCCAGAAGGAGCUACUACUAAUGGCAAAAGUGCUCUGCUCAGGUUUUCUACUUUUCCAACAGUUAUUAGUGAUGUAUUACAGCCAGUUGUUAUCAAAACAAGAAGACCUUCUUUCGCUGAUGUCAACUUAUCAGUAUUAGGUUCAAGUUGGUUCACAGAAAUAUUUUGGUUCUUUUUUGUUCCCUAUACUGUAUUUGAGUACAAACUCCUUCGAGUAAUCGAGAGAUCAGAAGAUGAAUCGAAUGAAGCCAUGAUAACGAGAGUUGAAACAGCUAUUUCCCAUGAACUUAAUAUAUCUACUUCAAAUUUAAAUAAAAAUGAUAAAGCCGAGUAUGAAAAGAAAUAUUUAUUAGAGUUAUCAGACAACAAAAGAAAACAGAACAAAAAUGUUGCAUUGAAUGAUUUUGAAGAAGAUCCAGAAAUAUUAAGAAUGGCUGUCCAAGUGUCUGAUGUUCUUCCUUAUGUUCCUAACAAUGUCAUUAUUGCUAAUCUUAAACGUACAAAAAGUGUUGAUAUUACUAUUACUAAUAUUCUCGACGGAACGGUCAAAUACACUCCUUUAGUAAAAUCUUCCAGAGAACUAAAACCAGCAGUCAAGAGUUCUGAACCUAAUAAUUUUGGAGUUGCAUCGUUUGUAGAAAGAAAGGCUAAACUGAUCGACGAAGCUCGUAAACGGUACAUAAACAAGCACAAUCUCCAUCAUUUGGUCCAGUAAAUUAAAGAAAUUAUUGUUUUAACAUAAAAAUAUAUUUACGGUUGUGUAUUUCCUGUACUUUUUUUUUAUAUCUCCAUCUAUCUGUGGAAUUGGAAUUGGUACUUAUGCGUCAAAUACAAAAUUAUAUAUACUAACUAUGCCACUUAAGGGCUAUUUCAGUUUUUAUUCACGUAUAUAAAUAUAUAUUUUUAGGUAAUAAUAUUGUAUAAAGUUUUACCCGUUGUUCGCUAUCUAUCUCAUUAUCGUUGUCAUAAAAUAUAUUUAAUUAAUGUCAUCG